AAGACACCCUGGCAGGUCCUGCACAGGGGUGUCACUUUCCCACUGCUGAAAUGAACUGGGCAGGAACACGCCGGCCGUUCUUCGUCCACAACGCCAGUUAUUUUGGGCAGAGAAUUACAAGAGCAGUUUUCCCCGUCGAAUUGGCAGUGGCAGACUGGGGCAAUUGAAUGUACGCCCGAAACUGUUUGGUCCAAACACUCCUCUCUCCCUGUUUGUGGUGGUGAACAAUCUCUGGAGGACGGUUCAUUCCAGUGGAAAUAUGAUCGCAGAAUUAUCUGGGUUGGAAAAGACUUCCUGAGGUCACGUGGCCCCAUCUGGUAACCCUGACACACGGGAUUCCAGCAUCGGUUCUCUCGGAACGAAGCUGCUGGUGAACGGCUCCCAGGUCCUGCAUCCACACCCUGUGUAUUCUCAGUCUGUUUCCUCUUGUCCUUCGUGAAAUGGAUUGUUAAAUGGCGUUCCGUUCUGCUGUGGAGGUGUGCGCCUCCACACAAACACGUCUGUGCAGAUCUUUAAUUAAGAUUGAUUUCGAUUCUUUCCUGCUUGCCUUCUGCAGAGACCCCAUUCAACAAUCUGAUAAAGACUUUCAUGAAAGAUAAGAUGUUUAAUGUGUACCUUUUGAUAUAUGAUGGGAUUAUCAUGGACCGUAUUUUUUAGCUACAGUGUGUGCGAUGAUUAAUUGGACGCAUCAGUUUGGCUGGGCCAGUCAGUACGCUGAUAUUUGGUCAGACGUUAUUCUGUGUGUAUCUGUGGCAGAGUUGUUGGACUAGAUUAAUAUUUAAAUUGAGGGAUUUUGAGUAAAGCAGGAUGCCCUCUAUAGUGGUGGGUGGGCUUCCCCCAGUGCACUGAAUGCUGAAUAGAACAAAAAGGCUGCUUCCCCUGAGCACAGAGCAAUUCUCCAGCAGGCCUUCUGGCUGGAACGGUAGCGUCGGCUCUGAUUCCGCCGUCUGCUGGGCCACCCCGCAGAUUUUGAUUUGCCAGUCUCCAUAAUCACACAAGUUAAUUAUUCUUUUUUUUUAAAAGAUUUUAUUUAUUUAUUUUUAGAGGGAAAGGGAGGGAGAGAGAGAGAGAGAGAGAGAGACAUCAAUGUGCGGUUGCUGGGGGUUCUGGCCUGAAAUCCAGGAAUGUACCCUGGCUGGGAAUCGAACCUGGGACAUUUUGGUUCCCAGCCCACGCUCAAUCCACUGAGCUACGCCAGCCAGGGCUACAAGUUAAUUAUUCUUAUAAUAACUUUCUACGUACACCAACUAUUGGUUCCAUUUCUCUGGAGAACCCUCAACAAAUAGCGUGAACAAAAACAAACAAGUAUGUGGCCCAGAUUCCUCUGGCUGGCUGUUUCUGCAGUGGUGUUUGAUUUUAAAGGAAUUGAAAGAUCAUUGGAGUGGCCAUCAGAAAAAUGAGAUUCUGGCUACAACUCUUCUAGCAAACUGCCUGUCAGUCUCUUGACCUGGUUGCUCUCCCGCUCUGAGCCUCAGUUUCCUGUCUGAAGGGGGAGUCUCUGAUUCCAUGAAAUGCAAACGUUGAGCUUUUGAACAUGCUGAGGGAGUAUCUAAAGAUCAUUCUUCCGAGACCUGCCCGGUGAUAGAUAAAGGAAGAAGCCGAGGGUGUAUACAGGGAUUCCGGGUCACCUCCCUUGCCCCGUUCCUCUCGGAUGGAACAAGAAGACAAACAGGGCGUGUGUGAAGGCCUGGAUUCAGAAGACACAGGGAUGGGCUCCGAUUUUGAGAACUCUGAGGACAGGGAAGGGGACCCAGAAGAGAGAGAAAUGGGUUCUCGUGCACAGGAUGCGGACAGGAGAGGCGGCCACCCAGAGCAGGAAAUGGGCCCCGACCCACAGGGUGAAGCUCCGAGAGAGGACUCCGAGGAGCGGGAACUGGUGCCUGACAUGUGUGCAGAGGGGCUGCUGAGUGAGGAAGAAGGGGUUGCUCUCUGCGAGGAAGAGAAUGACCGGUCUGGUGUAGCUGAAGUGGCUGUGUUCCCAGGACUGUCUGUGUCCGAGAGCAUAUCCCGGAGUCCCCAGGAAGAGGAGGAGGAGAGCGCCUUCGAAAACCGGCUGGAGGAGGAAGAGGAGCAGCCACCCCGGCCCGUGCUCCCCUGGAGGCGGCACCUCUCCCUGGGAAGUCGGCACCGAGGUGACAAGCCGGCCCACCGCCGCUUCCGACGUCUCCACCACCCUAUGGCAAUGGACCUCGGGGAGCUGGACAGCCUGAUGGCUAGCAUCAUGGAUUCGCCCACCAUCUGCCCCGACUGUGGAGAGAGCUUCAGCCCGGGUGCCGCCUUCCUGCAGCACCAGCGCAUCCACAGCCUGGCAGAGGCAGCCGCAGCAGCCAGCCUGGAACCCUUUGGCCUGACGGGCGAGUGCGGCGCGGUGGUGGGCGUGGCCGGGGGCUUCGGGGCGGGGCCUGCGCUGGCCCGGCCCCCGCGCGAGAAGCCUUUCCGCUGCGGAGAGUGCGGCAAGGGCUUCAGCCGCAACACCUACCUGACCAACCACUUGCGCUUGCACACGGGUGAGCGGCCCAACCUGUGUGCCGACUGUGGCAAGAGCUUCAGCUGGCGUGCGGACCUGCUCAAGCACCGGCGGCUGCACACCGGCGAGAAGCCCUACCCGUGCCCCGAGUGCGGCGAGGCCUUCAGCCUCAGCUCGCACCUGCUGAGCCACCGGCGCGCGCACGCCGCGGCCAGCGGUGCGGGACCCGCUGCGCUGCGGCCGUUCGCCUGCGGCGAGUGCGGCAAGGGCUUCGUGCGCCGCUCGCACCUCGCCAACCACCAGCGCAUCCACACGGGCGAGAAGCCGCACGGCUGCGGCGAGUGUGGCAAGCGCUUUAGCUGGCGCUCGGACCUGGUGAAGCACCAGCGCGUGCACACAGGCGAGAAGCCCUACAUGUGCUCUGAGUGUGGCGAGACCUUCAGCGUCAGCUCGCAUCUCUUCACGCACAAGCGCACGCACUCGGGCGAGCGGCCCUACGUGUGCCGGGAGUGUGGCAAAGGCUUCGGCCGCAACUCGCACCUGGUCAACCACCUGCGCGUGCACACCGGCGAGAAGCCCUUUCGCUGUAGUCAGUGCGAGAAGCGCUUCAGUGACUUCUCCACGCUGACGCAGCACCAGCGCACGCACACGGGCGAGAAACCCUACACGUGCAUCGAGUGUGGCAAGAGCUUCAUCCAGAGCUCGCACCUGAUCCGCCACCGCCGCAUCCACACCGGCAACAAGCCGCACAAGUGCGCGGGCUGUGGCAAGGGCUUCCGCUACAAAACACACCUCGCGCAGCACCAGAAACUUCACCUGUGCUAGGGCUGGGCCUGAGGGAGGCUGAUCUUCUUGGGAGCAUUUGGGGCCCAGAUGUCCUGGGGACAGACCCUACAGAAAGAAAUGGGAAGGGGCGGGAGGGACAAUCUGAGAGCGACUGGGAACCUAUUGGUGUUAGGGAGUCCUGAAAGGGAGGGUUGAUUAAGAGGCGUUCUUUGGGGUAUUACAUUUUUGCCUGCCUCCUCCCCAACGAAGAAAUGUUUGGGAGAUGUGCUUGAGCAUGCUGACUUCUCAAACACGCUGUAGGAGCAGAGUGGGCACUUUGAGGACCUUGAAGAAGGGGAGUUAGGCGGCAGGGGCAGGAAUAGGAUGGCGGGAAUAGAGUGGGUUGGGCUGUGAUGGCCUGUGGGAAUCAGGGGAGAGGGCGUGGUUAGAGUGAGGGUUACAGGGUACAAUGAAAAGCCAGUGUGGAUAAUUCUAUCCUGGUCCCGCCAGGUGUUCAGCCACCGUUUGCCCUGUCCUCCCUCCUCACCCCUCCAACAUCAGCUCUAGUCCUACGAAAAGUAGAGGAACCUAGCCAGUCCUGUAAGGGAUGAUAUAGUGUAUGCUCUUCAUUUCUCUGAGCCACAGUUAGCUGCUAUUUUGAGGUGUCCAGGGGAUACUGGGCAGAAAAGCUACACACCCUCAUUUCAAAGGUAAAACUCAGAGAUUCAUUCACAACUGGUUGUCAGAUCUAGGAUGCCCUGGCCCCACCCCUGGCUCAUUGCUACGUCCUCUGAAAUGUUCUAGCUUCAUGCUGGGGCAAGGUGGUCCGUGUGAGUUAGCAGACCCUGGCCCCCGGUGUCAGGUGUGUGCUGGGCUCCAUGUUUCCUUCAGGUCUCACUUGUGAUCUUUUAUGUGCAGGGAAAUGGAACAAUCCCAGCUCUGUGUGACUUUCCCUUCCCCAGGUCAGCUGGAUCCUCAUUUCAGGUGAACCCCAGACCGUCAACAGUUGACACAGUGACCUGCUACAAAGGUCAGCCAGCUCAAGAGUUUUGCUGGCCUUAUGUGAGAAACACAGGGAAGUGGAGUUCGCAUGCUGGGGUACAAGUCUCCUUGGUCUCAUUUGCCUUUGUGUUGUGUCUUGCACCCCUCCUCCUCCAUAGCAUGGGGGAAAUCAUGGAAGCCCCACCUCCACCCCUAUUGAUUUGGGCUCUGGUCUGAGUAGAAACUUGUUUUUCCUACACAGGGAGGCACGGUAGAAAGCUCCAGGCUUUAUACAAGAAGGGCACAAGCAGGGAGAGGUGUACAUGCAGAAUUGCCAAAUAGCACAAGCAAUGAAUGUUUUCUGGUUCUGGAAAUGCCAAACUAGCACUUUUAUAUUUGUAAAGUGCUUUAUGCUUUUUAACGAUUGUUAGUUGUUUCUCACAUCUUUGUGAGGCAGAUCAGUAUUAUGACCCUUGUCUUAGGGAAGGCCUGGGGACAGGAGUGCUGAAUGCUGUUCUGAGGAGAGGCUGCGAUGGCGUGGGUAGGUGUGGUCUCACCUUUUGUGCUCUCCAGCUCGGCUGCUAGGAUGACUUACCUGUUGUGAUUUAUAUAAUAAACCAAGGACACUGAAAAUUUGUAUGCUUGAUGGAAAUUUUAAGGCUAGUCUAGAAGGGCCAAAGAUGUCCUUGUUGACAAAGCUGGUCUUUGUCACAUAGUUAGGGUGUCCUAGGUAUGUUACAUUUCUAUUAGGUGGCUGUAGUUAGACGACUCUUGUGUGUAGAUUUCAGUUACCUGUGCUGAAAUCCCUCACCUGGGCGAGCCUUUAGACGUUAGAGUUGUGGAAAGCAGCCUGUUUUAUUCACUAGUGAUUGUUACCCUGUGCUUUUCAUGGAAGCAUCUUCAUAAACUGUUGGGCACAUGUGAAGGGAAAAAAGACAACUACAAGAUUGUUUUUACAAUUUAGCAAAUUUUAUGGGGAUGCCAGUAAUUUAUACUUGAUCCGCUGUAGUCUAGCAAAGGACCUCUUUGGGGGCUGUAGGAAAGCAUGUUUUUGUCAUUAUAAAAAACACUUUAAAAAUCCUGAAAAUUGUGGGCUUGUAUAAUGCUUGUUAAUCUUGCCCUCUUAAUCAGACUAUUGUUAUUCAGAAAUGCAAAUAGAUUUUCAAAAUAGAGGUAGUUUUGGAAGACACUAAUUUUUUUUUAAUUUUCUUUUAGUUGAGAGUAAUGAGCAAAGCAAGUGUCCAUUCUUUAUUCUGAAUUUUAUAGUCUGAAUACGAAGUGUAUGAGACUCACGUGAAAAUAAUAUAGCCCUUUUGUAGGUAAUCUUAUUCCUUUGGGUUUUUUUUUUCCAUGCACAUCUACCUCUUCCAGCUGUUUUAAGUUCUUUCAAGUCUGUGCCUAUGAAAUGUCAUUGAACUUUUGAUUCUUCAUGGGUUGACCAUCCACUUGAUGGAUUAGUUGGCCUUUUGCUGCCAUGGUUCGACUAUUGCACAGUCUCAUCUGCAUCAAGUACAUUACAUAUUAGCAGCUUUUGAGAAAGGGUUCAACAGGGAGGGGAGACUGAAGCAAUGGAAAGUAAUUUAGAGGUAGUGGAAAUCUCUGGAGUUCAUUGACCUCUCUGGAUCUUCCUGUUAGGGUGGAUCAGAGUCAGCUUCUACUUCAGUAUCCCCUCCCUGAGCAAACCUCUGUGCGGAAGGAAACAGACCAACCAUCCACACCCGCCCUUACGGUGCAUCUAAAAUGUGAUUCCAUUUUUCUCACAAUUCUUCAGGGAACAUAUCUGCGUUUCUUGUAUUUAGUUUUAGGAUAGUAUUUCUCAAGCAAUCCCUGUUAACUGUGGUUCACCCUUACAAUGUUCAUCUGAAGACUCCUACCAACCCAUUCAUGAAGGUGGAGACAAGUGCAUCAUUUGUUUCCUGGGAGUUUGGUCAAGUGCAGGCUGCCCUUUCCUGAGCAAAAUCUGGAGCAGAUUAAAUAGGUUCGGUGGCUUGCUUAACUCUUGAGCUCCCAGUGGGGAGGAGAAGAUGACAAGUUAACCCCUUGAGCCAUGUGGUCUCUUCGAGAUCAAGAGGCUGUACAUAUGUGAAAAAGUACAAAUUAGGGACCUGUGUUCAUAGACAAUCUGAACUGUGUUUCUGAAAUUUGUGCACACUUUCCUUCACUGUAAUGUUAUUUUACAGCUGUUUGUUAAAAUAGUGAAUAAUUUAAUGACCCUGAAAGUAACAGGUUUUGUGUGUGUGUGUGUGUGUGUGUGUGUGUGUGUGUGUGUGUGUGCUUGUGUAUGUGAGAUUUGCCUUAUUUUCAGGUUGUUUUAUUUAAUGAUGGUUCCCUGGACAGCAUUCUGGUGUUCAAGCAAACCAAUAUGGAAUAUUUGUCAUUAAAUCCUUAUCUGUCUUUUA